AGACAGAACUCCAGAACAAAACAAGUUGGGCAGUCCAGACUGGGUCUUGACAGUAGAAGAUCUUCAAAAAAUUAGCAAACGACUAUGAGCAAUCAAACACAGUGGCCAUAUAUUUUUUCUUUGUACCCAACAGCUGUGCUGAGAAGCCUUCACUAAAACAUAUAGAUUAACACACUGUUAUCUUGUCAUUUCUCUCAGUUUGAUGGGCUGUAAUCUGACAGAGCAAAGUUGUUCAGCACUGGCCUCAGUCCUCAGCUCAAACUCCUCAAGUCUUAGAGAGCUGGACCUGAGUAACAAUGACCUGCAGGAUUCAGGAGUGAAGCUGCUCUCUGAUGCACUGAAGAGUCCUCAUUGUAUACUGGAAAUACUGAGAUUUGCAGAUUGUAGAUUCACUGGUAAGUGCUGUGAAAGUUUGUCUUCAGUUCUACAAUCAUCAAAAUCACUGAGAGAGCUGGAUCUGAGUAACAAUGACCUGCAGGAUUCAGGAGUGAAUCUGCUCUCUGAUGCACUGAAGAGUCCUCACUGUACACUGGAAAUACUGAG